AUGCCGACCCUCUCAUCCCUCGCCGACCCAAAGAACUACCACAUCCUCACCUACGGAACCCUCCUCGGCUCCAACCUCUUCCAGACCUUCCUCGCGGGUCCCCUGGCCUUCAAAGCCCUCCCACGACCCUCCUUCAGCGUCCUCCAACAGGCGAUCUUCCCGCCCUACUUUGGCUUCCAGACGGUCUUGCCCUUAGUGCUAGCACUGACAUGGCCCGGCGAGAAGAUCGCCUCCAUACGAAAGAAUGCGGGCCCGAUGGGAUUGUUAGAAGAAGAGAAUAGAUGGAUAGCCAUGCUGCCGAUUGCCACGAUGUUUGUGACGAGUUUGGCGAAUCUUUUGGUGUUGGGACCUGCGACGACAAAGGUUAUGAAGGAGAGGAAACAUCAGGGUGAGUCUUGUCUUGGAAUCGAGUGACGAGAGGAGGUGUUGAUUAAGAUGCUGAUGUGGUGGGAUAGAAACGAGAGAUGGAAAGAAGUAUUACGACCCAGGGCCGAAGAGCGCAGAGAUGCAACGAUUGAAUUCCUCUUUCGCCAAGUUGCAUGGAGCGAGUUCGUUGGCGAAUGUCAUCGGUCUUGGAGCGAUGUUGGUCUAUGGCAUGACGCUUGCGGAGAGGCUAUAA